UUGUUUCAUACGUAAGAAGGGAGGACAAAAAACAUGUAUGUAUAGAGAGAGAAGGGCGAAAGGAAAGCGGUUUUGGGGAUUUGGUUAUUAUUCAGGGAUGCUGUGUGGCUGAAAGAGAGAAGGAUUUGAAGCAAAAACAGAAACUGGUGACAAAGAGGUGGUUUUGGUUUGUGAAGCGACAAAAGCAAGAGCGGUUUUGUAACUGAAAAAGUGAGAGAAAAAUCAGCUGUAGGGACAUUUUUUAAGCAUUACACACCAAAUUCUACUCUUCAAUGCUGAUACACAAAGCCUCUCUCCUCAUCUGUACAUGAAAAUUUAUGUAUCUACAUAAAUAUAGAGACAGAAUCUAAAUUACAGAAUGCAUGAAGGAGGAAUUGAUUAAGUGGGUUUUUGUUUGGAUUAUCGAUUGAGAGAGUAGGCUGAAGUGCGUGGCAGCGUGAGAGGAUCGUUUCUUUCUUCUUCAAGAUUCAAGCUUUUUUCCUUCUCUUUUUUUCUGUUCAUUUCUAUGAUUUUAGUACAAAACAUUGUAUAUAUUUAGAACCGAUCAAAACUUUUAUCCUCUUAGUCUUUCUUUCUUUCCUUCCUUCCUUUCGACUUUAAAUGGCGCAUGCUGAUGGCGUCGCAGCAGGAGGAGUCUCUCAUGGUACAGGUGUACAAAGUGAUGAUCUGUAUAGGGAAUUAUGGAGGGCAUGUGCAGGACCUUUAAUGGAUGUUCCCUGUAACGGAGAAAGAGUUUAUUACUUUCCACAGGGUCACUUGGAACAAUUAGAGGCAUCGACUAAUCUGGAGUUGAAUCAACAAAUCCCUCAGUUCAAUCUUCCUUCGAAGAUCCUUUGUCGUGUUUGUCAUGUUCAUUUACUGACUGAACGAGAUACAGAUGAAGUUUAUGCCCAGAUCACUUUACACCCGGAACCAGAUAGUACUGAGCCCAUCAGUCCUGACUCAUGUCCUCCCGAACCACCAAGGCCAAUAGUUCACUCUUUCUGUAAGACAUUGACACCUUCUGAUACUAGCACUCAUGGAGGAUUUUCUGUUCUUCGGAAGCAUGCCCUCGAAUGCCUGCCUCAAUUGGAUAUGAGUCAAGCAACCCCUACCCAGGAUUUGGUUGCUAAAGAUCUUCAUGGAUAUGAGUGGCGAUUUAAACAUAUAUUUCGAGGUCAACCUCGGAGACACUUACUCACAACUGGAUGGAGUAUGUUUGUCACCUCCAAGAGAUUAGUUGCAGGCGAUACUUUUGUUUUGUUGAGGGGUGAAAAUGGGGAACUGCGUGUUGGAGUUCGACGUGUUGCUCAACAGCAGAGCUAUAUGCCACCUUCUGUAAUUUCCAGCCAAAGCAUGCAUCUCGGAGUGCUUGCUACUGCCUCACAUGCUAUUACAACACAAACGCUGUUUGUGGUGUAUUGCAAACCAAGGACGAGCCAAUUCAUUAUUCGAUUGAACAAAUAUUUAGAAGCCAUACAUCAUGAAUUUUCAGUAGGCAUGCGUGUGAAGAUGAAAUACAUAGAAGAAGAUUCUCCUGAGCGAAGGUGCAUAGGCACUAUUGUUGGUGUUGAAGAUAUCUCUCCGCAGUGGAAAGACUCUGAAUGGCGCUCAUUGAAGAUUCAAUGGGACGAACCAGCAACCGUGCUGCGGCCAGAUAGGGUCUCGCCAUGGGAGAUAGAGACUUUUGUAGCUUCUACUUUUGUAGACAUUGCACCACCAGCAACAAAAAUCAAAAGACUUCGCCCUCUCAAUCUGCCACGUGCUGGAUCAUCUGUAUCCGUUGACUUAAGCCACAUCGGUAAUACCACUGAAGUCCAAACCAAUGAAAACCAAGCUUUUCAACCUCCAAAGGUGAAUUGCAAUGCUCCCAACAACAGCGGCUUCUGUAGUUCUGGAUCCCACACUGGUGGAAUGCGGCCACCUACUUUGCUUUUGAAUGGUUCUCUAAACCUUUUUCGAGAAUCUACGGAAGAUAAUAAAAAUGUGGCAGUCCAACUUGUUCUUUCCGAUUGUAACUCUCCUGUCUCAUCAAGAGCAAGCGACCAUUUCCUUGAACAAGCUGAAAGCAGUAAAAAGUAUGAGAAUUCUUCAGUCUGCCGGUUAUUUGGUGUUGAUUUGAGGAACAGUUCAUAUAUUAUCCCACCAGCAGAGAAGGUAGUGCCAUGUCCAAACAUCGAUGUCCAGGAUCCGAGUUAUAGAUCAGAAGCCAAUUGGAUGAAAAAUCCCGAAGCAUCGAAUAAAAAACAAUGUCUCGAAGUGGAGGGGCUAUGGAAGGAUACACAGAUCAAACAAAAUUUUGCUUCAUCUUCAAGAACCCGUAUAAAGGUGCAAAUGCAAGGGAUUGCCGUUGGACGUGCUGUGGACUUGACUACAUUGAUGGGUUACGAUGACCUUAUUAACGAGCUGGAGAAAAUGUUCGAGCUUAAAGGAGAACUUCAUCCUCGAAACAAAUGGGAAAUAGCUUACACAGAUAAUGAGGGGGACAUGAUGCUCGUAGGCGAUGAUUCAUGGCCGGACUUUUGUAAGAUGGUCAGGAGAAUUUGCAUCUGUUCAAAGGAGGAAGUGAAGCAAAUGAAAUCGACUUUCAAAUUUCCGUGUUUGUCUCUAGAUGGUGAAGGCACAAUACCAAGCUUAGAUUCAGAGCCAAAACCUGAAGCAUAAGUUUUGAAUCUGUAAAAUAUGUAGACAUGUUUUCUUAAUAUGGCAAACUAAUUAUUUGUCUGAAUUUUCCGUUUAUAUUUGUCUUGUCAGAAAUGGGAAUAAAGCUUCCUCAUUUCUUA